AGAGAGAGACAGAAACAGAGAAGAGAGAGAGAAGAGAAAGAGAGAGAAUAUGAAGAAAAGAAACUGGAAACAAAAAGUUAUUAUGAUCAGCUGGAACGAGAGAGAAAAGAUGAGUGGGAGAGAGUGAAACGAGAAGAUAAUGAGAGACGAGAAGAAGAGAGAAAGAGAUGGGAGAAAAUGAUUGAAGAUCUGAAACAAGAACAAGAAGAAGAGAUCAAGAGAAGAGAAACAGAGAGAAAAGAAAGAGAAGAGAAAGAGAGAGAUGAAAUGAAACAGAAACAUGAAGAGGAAAUAAAACACAUGAAGAGGAAACAUGAGGAUGAAGCCAGAAAACAAGCAGAAGAAUUCAAUGAUUUCAGAGAAAGAAAUGAGCAGUACUUUCAGGAGCUCAAAGAGAUGCUGGAAGAACGUCAGAAACAACAGGAAUUACUGGAAAAACUCUAUCAGCACUUCAAAGGUGAGAAAGGAGAAGAAAUAAAAGAGCUGCAACAAGAAGUUGAAAAACUGAAAAAUAAAUCAGGCUGUGCCAUUCUGUGAUUGAUUUCAAAGCAUAAAGAUGAGUGUCAGCAACAUUAAUGCUUCAGUUUUAUUUUCUGUUUAUAGUUACCUUAAGCUGUUUGAUUAGAAUUGCCUUUCUGACAAAAUGAAAAAAGCCAAAACAUUGAAAAAUGUUGUUAUUGUAAUACUGUUUUGAACCAUUUCAUAUUGGCAUUUUCAUAUUGCUUGCGUACUUCAGUAUCAUGGCCAUGAGCAGUGUUGGAAAACGAGUGAGGUCUGGGGUGGGGUUAAGAAUUGUGCUAUAAAAACCCCUACAAAUAAAACUCAUUAUAUACA